GCUUCGCGUUACGUUCUUUCUCCGCGACGAUGUAACGACUUUUGCCGCGAUAAAAUAAUUAUUUUCGUCGAUCGAUCCACCGGUUCCCGAGUUCCGCGCGGUUUUACGAUUUUUACCGCGUAUCGUUCGAUACGAUCGGUGUCGAUUAUCGGGCAAAUUCCGGAUCGCCCGUGGUACCGUUUACGGAUUUUAUAAAUGCGCCAACUUUUUUCCAGGGAUCGCGAUUAAUACCCAGGGUUAACGGUACCAGAAACGCGUUACAUAGCACAGAAUUCCUUUUGUAGGAAAGCGAUAAGUCGAUAAAUACGGAGAUAAAGACUGGCCAUUUUGACCGGUUUCAUGGAAAAAUACGUAUUGAAAUUAAGCACGGACAACCAACUUCUCGUCUACGAAAGAAUCGUCGUACCGAUUUGGACGUACGGUAUCGAGUCGUGGGGCGCGCUUGCUAAAAGCCACGUUGCUGAAUUAGCAGUUUUACAUAGGAAACGCACCGUGCUACCAACUCCGUAAAGAUCCGAAGAUCGUCCUCGCCAACCACCUCUACGCGAUCCACCCACGUAGGGAACCGCGCAGAAAGCGUCCCUACGAAAGGCUUCCACGCGUUACACUUGGAAUUACGUUAUCCACGCGUAUCCAACGUCCAUCGUUAUCCAUACAGUUUAAUUUACGGUUUACGAGAAAAGAAACGAUCGAAAAGCCGCUUCCAUUUGUAAAAGCCCUCGGUUUCGUUCGAUCCUCGGACAAAAUUCAAUAAAAUUUCGUCGAUCGAGAGACCGAGGUCUUUUUAAAGGUAGUACGAUGGUACCGCACACGAUACACCAUUUUUAUAUCUUUCGACCACGGAGACGAAUACCGCGUUAGCGCGUAAUUUCUCGGACGUUAAAUAAUCGUCGAACCAUAUACGAUGGAAACGACGGAUGCGUGAAAAAGUCGUUUACGUAGGUGCGUGACGCUUUUUUUCUUUGCAACUCCCCUCGUAGUUUCCCCUUUUCGUCGCUUGCCGAUGAAAAGGAAGAAUAGAAUUUCGUUAGCCGAGUAACUUCGAUCAAAGGUAAUCCGCCUAUUACGCGAAAUCAAACGAUGGUAACGAAAUUGCGCCUGGGAUUACGAAAUCCCCGCUGCUAAUUCCUUUCGAUCGUCGUUCUUUUCGCUUAUACGUAUUCUUUACGUAUGAUUUCGCUUCGCCCUACUGUACUCGCGCAAAGCUCCGUAAAUUCGAUAUAUUUCGUCAAACACGACCGAACGUAGAAUGAAAAAAAAAAAAAAAAAGAAAUUGUAAAAAGCGAGCAACCGGCAGAUAACAUUGUCAAUGGUCGAACGUGCGGUACAAAGGAAUAAAGAAGAAACGAAUAAACGAUAACAAAGUUCGUCGAACGUCGCGGAAGGCAGGAUUGUUGGAGCUUGCGCGGCGGAAAGUUUGGUCCGCCAGGUGGGAGAUCCACGAGGAUCCGUCGCGUGAAUCGCGCGUAGAUCUUCCCCGCGAGUGUCGGUAUUCGGUUCGCGCUUAUUUCGUUUUUCCAAAUUUCUCGGUGUCGCUUUAUCGAUCGUCGAGGAUCAAAGUCGAGGAAAAGGCGCAGCGAAAUGUUAACGUUUCUACUCCUUAUAUUACUGUCAUCGUGGAGAAAUCGGAACCACGCGCUCCACGUUUCCCCCGCGUCCUCGAAGACUUCCUCGAAAGCUACGCCGCUGACCAGAGGGACCGUCAACGACAUUGUUUCCAAAAACAUCACGAUGGUUCUCGAGAACCUUCUGAUGAACUACGAGAACAAUCAACUGCCUACUCACGGAAAGGGAACUCCAACCGUGGUAAAAACCAAUAUUCUGAUAAGAAGCAUGGGUCCUGUGUCGGAACUUGACAUGGAUUAUUCGAUGGAUUGUUACUUUCGACAAUCUUGGCGCGACUCUCGUUUGAGCUUUUUGGGCCCGAUAAAGUCGCUCAGCUUGAGCAUCAAAAUGUUGGAAAGAAUCUGGAGGCCGGACACGUAUUUUUAUAAUGGAAAACACAGCUACGUGCAUACCAUCACGGUGCCGAAUAAAUUAUUGAGAAUCUCGCAAGAUGGAGAUAUACUUUAUUCCAUGAGGCUUACUAUAAAAGCAAAAUGUCCAAUGGAGCUUCGAAAUUUUCCCAUGGAUCGACAAUCUUGUCCGCUUAUUCUCGGAAGUUAUGCAUAUACGUCCGGUCAAUUAAUUUACGAAUGGCAAGAGGGCUCCUCCGUAAAUUUCGUCCCUGGAAUGGCUCUUUCACAGUUCGAUCUGAUGGGUUCGCCGUACAGGAAUUUAACUUUUGUUCGUCGCGAGGGGGAAUUUUCAGUUCUUCAAGUUUCCUUCAACUUGCAACGAAACACCGGUUAUUUUCUCAUCCAAGUUUACGUACCCUGUGUUUUGAUAGUAGUCCUGAGUUGGGUGUCUUUUUGGAUUCAUCGCGAAGCUACCAGCGAUCGAGUUGGUCUGGGCAUUACUACCGUUUUGACACUGUCCACGAUUAGUCUCGAUUCCAGAACAGACUUGCCUAAAGUUAGAUACGCCACUGCCCUUGAUUGGUUUCUGUUAAUGAGUUUUGGAUACUGUAUCGCUACUCUGUUGGAAUUCGCCGGUGUGCACUACUUUACAAAGGUUGGCAGCGGAGAAAUUCCUUUGGACGAGGAAGAGUUGGAAAAUGAGAGCGAAACCGACUAUCAGGAUGGGUUUUGCGGUAUUGUGUCGCGCAGUCCUCAAACGGUUCACCCAGAGACAAUAAUAGACGUACCUCGAAGGAGAAGUUCUUUGUUAUGCGAUGUUUACGACGUUAAUGAAUCCGUCUCUUACGGAAGAGGAUCAUCGAUGACAGUCUCCGUUACGUCGAAACCAUCGACGAUGGAAAGACAAACGCAAACGGAAGUGUGGAUACCGAAAUGGCGACAAUUUCUCUAUUGCCUCGCUGGCGACGAGGAGUUCAGGAGGCGCAGGCAAAGGGAAGCAGCUGGAAAUUGCAGGAAGAAAGGCGAAAAGAUCGCAAGACACAUAAACAGCGUGUCUUACAUCGACAAAGUGGCGCGAGUCGUAUUUCCCGCUUCUUUUGGGCUACUCAAUGUCUGCUAUUGGGUCAUUUACGUCACUUAUCAAGAGGAAUUCAAGUGGCAAGAUCCACCAUUUGGAUCAAUUUCUCACUGAUCCGAUCGAUAAAGUAAUUAAGAUAGCGGUGUGUAUGUAUGAUAUAGCAAGUCAGAUUGAUAUAUACACAUAUAUGUAAUGGAAAUUUAACUUUAGAAAGGAAAGCUCAAGUUUCGUCAAAUUAUGACAUAACAUAUUCCCCUUCUACUUAUCCCUAGUAACAAAAUUACGUAAUUUCAUCCUUUCUGCUUUCACGUUCAACAAAAUAUUAUACUCUUUAACGACAGAUAUAUACGUGUAUACGGUGUUUAAUAAAUUUAGUAUUCCCCUUCUAUGACUCGGGUUAUUACCUGCGUUUAAGCGAACGCAUAAAUCGAUUUGAAAAUAUAUCAGAGUAUUUUAUACACAUAUACGCGCAACACGUAUGUCGGCCAAGGAGAGGACGCUACUAUGACUAAAAGCGAGCAUAGUGACAAAGUAGUAACGAGAAUGACUUUCCAUUUUCUGGAUUAUCCAGAAGAUGGGAAUUGAGAAAUAAUAUUUGUAUCAAUGAUUCUAAUUGAGAUAUUAAUAGAAAUAUUCUCGGGCGAUUCCUUUAUCAAAACAUAAGGAAUCUUUUGAACACAAAGAAGCAUUCAAAUCUUGUUUCGAUUCUAGUAUCUGACUGUCGCGAAGUGAAAUUUGAUACACGUUAGCGGACAGAUAAAAUUACGCUUUUAUUAUUUCGUAUCUCAAAAUUUAGUAAAAUUUAGCUGAAUACCGAACUCGAAUAAUAAAAUUGUUCCAUACAAUCAUAUAACAGAUUUAAAUAAAAUCAUCGUUAGCAUUAUAAUAAUUUCGAUCACAAUUGAAAUUUCCAUAGUAACAAAGUCUGAGGGUAUCAAACUUCUCUGCCACAGUUUAUACAUAUAGUGUUAUAUCUACAAAUUCUUUAUAUCGUGAUAUGUAAAUAUUAUACUUAUUAUUGAAGCAUUAUCAUCCAUCUUAUCUAAAAACGCAAUGUGCAAGAAAACCUAUCCUGAGCUAAUAAAUAGAUUACGGACAUGAAAAUGUUACUACUCACGGAUAUAGUAAAUACCAACGGUCACUAUGCUCGUCAAAAAUUCUAUAUAAUACAACCGUGUCGAUUAGGACUUUUCAUUCUACGACAUGGUUGAGUAACCGGUAGAACAAAUGCAU